GCCACGAUCCCCAUGGGGCUGUGUUUUCCCUGUCCCGCGGAGGCCGCGCCUCCUUCGCCGGACCUGGAAGAAAAAAGAGCAAAGCUUGCAGAGGCUGCAGAAAGAAGACAGAAGGAGGCUGCAUCUCGGGGCAUUCUGAAUGUUCAGUCUGUGGAAGAAAAGAGAAAGAAAAAGGAAAAAAUAGAAAAAGAAAUGGCUGCAUCUGGACCCCCACCAGAAGGUGGCCUUAGGUGGACAGUUUCAUAAAGCAUAACACGAGUGGAAGAGUCUACUGCCAAUAACUAGUAUCUGCAAGCAAUCGGACAUCCUCAAUUUAAUUUCUUCUCUUUGAAUAAAUGAAGAUUCAGACUUCGUCAUUUUAGUGCUCUUAAAUACAGUGCUUUUUCAAAAUUGAAUAUUGAAAAUGCUUUUGAUUGUUAGACUUAGAAAAUGGCCAGACCUUUCAUUAAAUACUUAUUUUCCCUACAUUUGCUCUUCUGCGGACAGUGGGUGAUUUGCCGUUCUUUAGUAGUUAAAACAUGGGCCUAAAUAGUGAAUAUAUAUUUAUAUAUUGCAUGGAAAAAUUCUGCAUACAUCUCAGAUAUUAAAGUUUGCACUUGUAUUUUCCCUCCUUUACAAAAUGACCUAGCUAUUUAUAGUUUGCCGAUUAACCUUAUAUCUCUUUAUUUCAUUAUAUGUGAAGACUUUUGCUUAAACUUAUGGACUUAGUGCCUUUAAACUGAUCAUCAGGGAAAAUCUUGAAAUAUCAGUUGAAGGGCUUACAUGA